AUCAUCGCUGUCUCGGUCGACUCGCCAGGCCCCGCUGUUGCUGCUCGCGAUCCGCAGCCGCGUCGUCCUUCAUCCGCGCCGCAGGGCUAUGCUUGAACCGCUUCCGACACCCAGCUUCCACCCUCUCUUUUUUACUUUUUCUUUUUUUUUUUUUUUCCUUCUCCCUCUCCUUCCUACUCUCUUCGUCAUUGCAACCACGAUCGAGUUUCAAGAUCCUAGGGCCGGAAAUAACCAUGUGCAAAUCUCCAUGCCAUCUGCCCCGCCCCCUAUGUCCACAAGAUGUGCCUGCGGCGGCGGCCUCGCGGCCGGCGAGGCCUCUUCCUCGCGACGGUAAUCCUCAUCUUUUGGCCCCGUGCCGGUGCCGGGCCUGCCCGAUCGCCGCGGUCUCGGCUCUUGGCCUUGGGGCGGAUUGCGGGAUCCUCCUCGUCUCGUAGCGCAGGGACGGCAAGUGAGAUGAGCGCGCUGUGGCGUCCCGUCUGUAUCAACAACCUGCUUGCCGGUUUUUUGCUUGCUUGCUUGUUUUCCUUCGACCAUUCCCGCUUGUCUGUCCUUUGUCUGCCCAGCUAUAUGCGCGUCGUGCUCGUCUUCACCGUCACUCUCCUUCUCUUCCUCAUCAUCGUCCUCAGCCUUAUCGUCAUCGUCGUCGUCAUUUUCGCCUCCUCUAUCCCAGCCACCAGCACGUCCAUAUUCCCACCAACCACACGCAUAUCUACAUACAGCAGCUUCUGGUAUCCCUCUCCCUACGUAACUAUGUACUCAUGGGUAACAACCAGCAUCGCCACAACCUCGCAACCCCCCCUUCUGCCCUACUGCACCACAUCCCGCAGCUCACACCUCGCGCUCUUGUCUUGCCAGACGCUCGUAUCAGCGCAACAUAGCACAGAAAGCCUCCAUCCCGUAUCCGUAUCAGCCAAUCCUUGUCCCCAUUCCGCUCCGUGCUUGCCGGGGAAAGUGCCGCGCAGCGACGCCGUACGAUGGCGGAGUGCUCCCCGCCAACAACAACGUCAUGCAUGCUGCGUGCUGGCGGGGCGGAAAACAAGUGCGGAUAAUGCGGAUAUGCGGAUAUGCGGAUGUGGAUGUGGAUGUGGGUGCGGGUUUGGGGCUUGUGCGGCGGGUGACGUGGUCGUGUGGCUGGGGUGGGCGAGUGGGUAGGUGUGGGCGAGAGUGCGGGUGUGAGGGGGUGGGGAGUGCUGCUGGCUGGCUGGCGCGGAGGCGGGUGGUGAGACUGAGAGGGGCAGUUAAUGCCAGGCGGGCACUGGCACUUGCAGGUAAGUGAGUGAGCGGCUAGGUAGGUUGUCCUGUGAGGUAGGUACAUCCAUUCCCUUGCUCUCUUGGUCCGUAGCCCGCUCCUG